CCAAAACUGUGCACAUGUUUUAUUGGAAUGUGUGGAAUUUUUUGCCGAAUUAAUCAGAGUACAGUUAGCUGUACUGAAAUAAAUAGUACACUAAAAACAGUCCUAAAUAAUCGUGGUCCAGAUGCGCAGGGUACGCUACUUCUUGACAAUGUUUUACUCUCCGGCAGCGUCUUGUGGCAACAGGGAGAAAGUAUACAAAAACAGCCGGUUAUCGAAGGGGACUGUGUAUUGUUGUUCAAUGGAGAUUUGUACAACGUGGAAAAACCUGCCUCAAUGUCAGACACACUAUGGUUAGCUAAGAGGUUGUCUGAUUGCCACUGUGAUGAAGAGAUUCUUUCUGUCCUGAAGGUGUUGGAGGGACCAUAUUGUUUGAUAAUGUAUAAAAAAACAACUAAAAUGCUUUACUUUGCCCGAGAUGCACUUGGUAGAAAUUCAUUGAUUUUAGAGCAUAAUCAGCAAGGAUUGCAAUUAUUGAGCACCUCAUUUUACUCCGAGAUCGAUGGGCUAUCAACACUGGAAUUGCCGCCGUUGGGAUUGUACAAAUUAAAAAUUGACAACUUGAGCAGCUGUGAACUAUAUCCCUGGCAGACCCUGAAUCUAUACACAAACCAGCAACUGGACACACUUGAUUUGGCAAUGGGCUGGAAAACGAUAAUCAAGAGUACAAUAUCACCAGAUUGGCUGUUUAGAAAACAACUAGAUUUUGAUUACAACUUCUACAAAUUUGAUUAUAUCAACAACCAUGAAGAGCUUUUUGAAAACUUGCUUAGUUCUCCUGAAAUUCAAUCAGCAUUAGCAACCUUUGAUAAGUUACUUCAAGGCUCUGUAUCAUCACGAGUUAUAACGCCCCCCUUUUGCCGUGAGUGCUUAAAGAUUGACCAAACCACUGACAAAUGUACACAGGCUAAAGUGUGUGUACUCUUUUCUGGUGGCAUCGAUUGCAGUGUUUUAGCUAUCCUGGCUGACAGAUAUGUACCAGCUGGAGAGCCGAUAGAACUGAUUAAUGUAGCAUUUGAAAGAAUUACUGCACAAAAUACAGCUGCAACACAGGAAUACUGGAAUGUUCCAGACCGCACGACUGCGUUUCAGUCGUAUACUGAGCUGAAACGUAUCUGUCCCAAGCGGUGUUGGAACCUAAUAGAAGUGAAUGUGACACGCGAGGAGUUGCAUCUUCAACUCUCACAACAUAUCCAUCAUCUUAUUUACCCCCUACAGACAGUGUUGGAUGAGAGUCUAGGCUGUGCAUUUUGGUUUGCCACCCAUGCUGCAAACUCAUCUGCCAGAGUUGCCAUCAUUGGCUCGGGUGCUGAUGAGUUGUUCGGAGGAUAUAGACGCCAUCGAAACGCUUUUAGACAUUGUCCUGGCGACGACCAGGAGCGUGAGCUUGUUGUACAGAAUGAACUUGAGAAGGACUGGCAGAGAAUACCUGCUCGAAAUUUAGCGAGGGAUGAUCGCGUUAUUGCGGACAAUGGAAAAACAGCACGUGCACCUUUCAUCGAGGAGAAUGUUGUUCAAUUUGUUCGGUCUCUAGAACCGAAACAGAAAUGUUGCUACAGCUUCCCGGAAGGUGUCGGUGAUAAAUUGCUAUUACGGUUGUAUGGAUAUCAACUGGGUCUGCGGGACGCGGUGCUGUUCAAAAAGCGAGCUAUACAAUUUGGUUCAAGAAUUGCUGACAAGAAGCAGAACGCAGCACAGAAUUCUGUUUACUUAAAGUUUAAUCUCGCUAACUCAUUUGAAAACAAAUAAAUUCGAGUUUGAUUG